AUGACGCCGCUUCUAUUAGAACCCGUCGAUCGCUACGCCGAGGAACGAGGUUCCGUGAACCCUGAACAAUGGGUCCGGUGCACGCGCGAGCGGUGCGUACGCGCGCGCUCCUCGGUCAGGACUGGCGGAGAGAAGCGCUCGCGCAGCCCGCAGCGGCGGCACGCGCCUUGCGUUUUCGACGCGGCCACCACAAUUCGCGUACCCGAUACAAUGCGCACGGUUGCACUCAAU